UGAGUUGGAAAAACUGAAAAAAAAAAACUGAAAAGUGCACCAUAUUUUCGAGAGCGGAGAUCGCCGGCCGAUCCGAUCCAAACCGAUCCGAUCCGGCAAAUUCGUAUAAAUAGGCCUAAAGAAUGGCGAGUUGAGACAGUUACCAGUCGCCAGUCGCUCCAGUCGAGUUACUUAAUUUUUUAAAGUGAAAAAAAAAAACAAAAAACACAAGCAAUCAAGCAAAAUGGCAUUCAAGGUCCUUUGUGUAGCACUCCUGGCACUCCUCGCCGCCGUCCAGGCGAAGCCCGGCGGACCGGCCGCCUACUCCAUCAGCGCCCCGAGCGUCGACCACGCCUCCGUCGGCAGCACGCAGGAGCACACGGUGAAAGGACACUACGGACAGUCCUCGCAGUCGGACUACGCCUCCCAGGUCCAGACCGCCCACUCGCAGUCGCACGUCCAGCGGUCCAGCAUCAGCAAUGACGCCGGCCUGGCGCCCGUCGCCGCCCACGGCUACGCAGCAGCUCCCGCCCAUGCUAUUGCUGCUCCGGCGUACUCCGUGGGCCUCGGACUGGGCCAUACGGCUCCCGCCCAGAUCCAGGGCGUGGCCUAUGCCAGCCACGCCCCCGCCCAGAUCCAGGGCCUGGCCUACGCCAGCCACGCCCCCGCCCAGAUCCAGGGACUCGCCUACGGCGGACACUAUGCGGCCACCGCUCCGGCCCUGCAGCUCUCCGGCCUGGGACUCGGACACGCCCUGGGCGGCUACGGGGGCUACGGCUAUGGGGGCUAUAGCGCCUAUGCCGCAGCGCCCUCUAUCUCGCACGGCUAUCUGGCUGGCCACGCCCCCAUUGCCGCCGCCGCCCCGGCACCCGUUCUGAAAUACGCCGCUGCCGCUGCCCCAGCUUACGCUCCUGGAAUCAUUGGACACGGCAUCGGACUAGCCGCCCCCGCCUAUGCUGCUCCCGCCUACACCACGCAUCUGGCCGCCCCCGUCGUGAAGGCCGCUGUCGCCGCUCCCGCUCUGGUACAUACAUCGGUCUCUGGCCAUGGCAUUCACUAUGGCUACUAAGCAAGUGGAGUCACCGCCAUACGCGCCGCCAUUCUCCCGCUCUUUCCAUCAUCCCGUUAUACUAGCUCCCAGCUCCCCCAACCGUUAAACCGUUACCCGAACAAAAACAAGAGCAACAACAACAAAAUACAAAACACAAAACAGGGAGAGGAGGAGAGGAGAACACUAAUGGGUAGAAAUAAUACCCAGAGCGUGUCGGUAGCUGGACGCCUUAAUUAAAACUCAAUUUGUUAACUGCACCGGAGAGUCAGCAAGUGAGUGAGUGAGUGAGUGAGAGAGGACGGAGGACAGAGGAAAGAGAAGAGUGUGUGUGUGCUCUUUGUGACCCACCUGGCCCCUAGGAUCAAAAUGGGUAUAAAGGUGGGUGGAUUGGUUACAAUGUGUUGAUAUUAUUGCGUUUGCUUCUUCUUUAUUGUUGUUGUUGUUGUUGUUGCUGCUGUUGUCGUAUGUGUUGUAAUUUUUUUUUUUUAUCGCGGUUAAAUUUACGCUGUAUUUAAACUAUAUUUUGUAAAAAUGAAACGAAAUGCAUGUGGAAAUGUUGGAAAAAAAUGAAUAAUAAUAAUAAUAAAAAAAAAUAAUAACUCAUUGUUGUAAACUGAAGCUUAAAGAGAGAGGAGAGAAGAGGGAGGAGGGGGUUGGAGGUUGGCUUUUGGCCAAAAAAAAAUAUGAUAUAUGGCAAGGACGUUGCAACGUCGAGAUUUAUUCGCCAUGCAUCACUUGAUCAGCACACUUUAUGGCGCAGAACAAUUUUAAAUUGGCCAGAGGAAUAAAAAAAAAAAAACAGACUCCAAAUACAGGCAUUAACACCCACAUACAUAAAUAUUCGCAAUAACCAGUGAGAAAGUGCUAACCCCCACCCCCACCCUCCCUCUUUCAAACAAGAAAACCAAUUUACGUCACACACACACACACACAUGCAACAUACAACAUACAA